AUGCAGAAUGAAAUGGACCGUUUCCAGGACACCAAGAGACUUUUGCAUGACUACUAUAGAGGAAUGGAAGGCAAAAUUCCAACAGAGACCAGCACCGAGUUUACCAGGAUACCCUUGAUAGAACUGGUUGAAAGAGAAAUAUCCGCGGAAGAGGGCAGAACGAAAAUAAUUCCCAUGAUUGCUCACCGAUCUCCUUCUCCAGAAGUCAACAGAGACAAGAUCAAAGCGAUUCCAGUUAAGGUCAAGGAUGAUCUGUUUUCUGAAAGUACGAUAUUUAAUUUCACUCCAGAUGAGAAGCUGAUUGUGGAGACGUGGCACAACAUUGUAACAGCAAUAUCUAGCAUGGCGGAAAAGAAGGGAAAGGGAAAGGCGGGAAAGGUGGAAAAGAGGCGAAAGGCGGAAAAGAGGCGAAAGGCGGAAAGGAAGGGAAAGGCGGAAAAGAGGCCAGUGACUGAAGCAACACCAAUAAUUCUGUCCCCAGAAGAAUUAAAGAAGCAAGAACUGAGAUUUAAGAUGAAGCAGGAAUAUUUUGCUGCGCUGGAGCAUGAAGCGGAGGCUGCAAAAUCUCGGCUUGAGCUGCUAAGGGUUAAAGCGCUAGCUUUCAUUGAGGAUCUACAAUCUAAAGCCGAAGUGACCUACAGGAAUAUGGAAAAAUGGCUUGGAGCGAGAUUCCUGGCUGAAAUGUCCAGCGUUGACAAAUUAACGGAGAUUGCUCGCUACCAUAUUGAAACUUCUACCAGAAUCCAGCUUGAGCUCGUUCUAGAAGGGAUCGAUUUUUACAUUAACGGUGAUAUCAAAGUAUUUCCGGAUCCUCUCCCUCCGCCUCGUCCUCCAUCGGUAGAGACUGCUACAGAUAGUACUCUGACUAUUUCACAGCUUAGCACUCUUCAUAAGCAGUUUCUACAAGUGGCACCUAAAGGUUUAAUACCCAGCAAAACAUUCACUGAACUUGUUUUUGACUUGAUUACUUUGAACCUUGGGUCAAACUUGCUUCCUGAUUCCUGGAUGCACCUCUCCAUAUAUGAUUUACAAAACCUGGCAUUGUUGCUAACGGUGAAUGCAGACAUUGUGGACUGGCGCAAAUUCUUGCAAGCUGCUUCCCAGCCAUGGCCGAUGCCUUCUGUGAUGGAGCUGCUUGAAACACUGCAGAGAUUUGAGGAUGUGGAUACAGACGGAUCUGGCUUUGUCACGCAAGAACAAUACGAUCAGGUUGGUCUAUGGUUUAAAUGCAGUGAAGAGUUGGUCAUUCCAGAAAGUCCUACAGAACCUUUACCAUUUAACCGCCAGGAACAUCUUAUAAAAUUUUUCUUCACUUUAUUCGCUGAUCCUGAAAAAGACCCUCCACAGCUGAACUACACUGACAUGCUCCUCUAUUUUGCCUCCCACCCUGAUUCUAUUGAUGGUGUCUAUCGGGCCCUUAGUGUUGCAACGGGAACAUAUAUCCACAGGAUGAAAGAACAACACCCUCCGGUUUCCCAUGUGCUUGAUAUAUCAACUGAAAAUGUGAUAAUAAGUGAUGGACAAGAUGAACAGGAGGAAGAGGAGGCUGGUGAAGAAGGGGAAGAGGAAGAGGAAGAGAAGGAAAAGGAAAAAGAAGAUGAUGCUCAGUCCUUCGCCAAUGAAGGAGACAUUUCUCUGGCAACAUUACUUCUGGUGUUCCAGCAUGAAACAAGAAAAGCUGAUGACGACCACAGAUUUAGUGGUUAUCUGACAGCUGAAGACAAUUAUGAGCAUUUCAUUAAGGUAUAUCAAGAUCUUGGCUCUGAAGGUUUGGAACCCAUCAAAGUAGCACUUCUUUUGAAGCAUCCCUUCAUUCAGGACUUGAUUAGCAACUACCAAGCGUACAAACUUCAUGAUUUUAAAAUGAUUCUGCAGAGAUCGGACCAAACGCAACCUCUUGACGGAGAUAACAUCAUCUUAUAAAGAAGCUAAAAUAAGUGGGUGGGAAGGAACUCUUGUGACCCUUUUUUCAAUACAAGUGAAAUGUUUUCCAAAUACUUUCCUGAAUGUUGAGGUUAAUCCUUACUCC